AUGAGCUGCCACGUAUGUUCUCGCACGAACAGCUCACGCCUGCCCUUCUACUGUCCCACCUGUGCUCGCAGCCAGCUGUAUCUGUUGCGAUAUGAGAACGCCCGAGUUUUACUAGAGAAGGAUGCAGUUGGGCGUGAGAUCGAAGCCGCAGUGACCGGCAACACCCCACAAAGCGAGGCCAAGGAGGCUGCCCGGACACACGAUGGUGGAGAAUCGAAACAGAACCCGCGAUGGACCAUUCAAGCCGCCCAAACCGAACAAGCCCGGUCAUCAGAGCGGACAAAGGCGAUCCUCGCCCAGGCAGAGGUGUUGAGGAACGAAAUCAAAGAGAAAAGGGGUGAGAUCAACCAGCGCGCUUCUAUUCUGAAGCAGCGACGCUCCGAUGCAGAGUCGGCAACCUACCAACUGGCAGAACGCCGUGACGCGGCGCUAUCCAGUAUUCAGAAUAGCAUCAAAAGAACGGAACACCUGUGGCACUCGUUACAUAACAAGACCGCUGAAUCCCGCAUUUUUCUUUGUCGAGAAGCUGCAAGCAUUUACGGGCUUCGUCAAAAGCUGAGGAAGAGGAACAAUGAGAUCAUAGAAAGCUAUGUCAUCGGAGGAGUGCCCAUAGUCGAUCUUCGGGAAAUGAAUGGCACGUGGUCCUGUCACAGAUUCGAUCCAUGGGAUGCUAACUUCAAGACAGGUGCUCCGCCUUCUCAGAUUUCCACGGCCUUUUCGAAUAUUGCUCAUCUACUGAUUCUCGUGUCUCAUUACCUUUCCCUCAGACUUCCCGCCGAAAUCACUCUCCCACACCGGAACUAUCCUACGCCUACUAUAUUCACCCCCGGAGCUUCAUACUCGUCACGCGAUGUGCCAUAUUCCGGGAAAUCUCCGUCUCAUUCCUUGUCAAGUAGUCCAACAGCAUCAAGAGCUGAUACACGUCGAUCCCCCCGUCCUCGGCCACUCUCCAUCGAUAAAACGCUUCCGAGACUUGCCAAGGAAGAUCCCGCAACCUAUGCACUGUUCUUGGAGGGGGCCUCUCUGCUAGCGUGGAAUGUCUCUUGGCUGUGCCGCACCCAGGGGUUGAACGUCGGGUCUGACUCGUGGGAAGAGAUAUGUAAUAUUGGGAAGAACAUGUGGCAGCUGCUUGUUGCACCCCCAGCUCAGAAUGUGACGGUCAUGAGGGCCGUUUCUGGCCGCGACCUCCAGUCGAAACUCAAAAGUGGCAGAGAUUCUCCAAAGACUAUAAUACAGCGAACUAAAUCCUUUCCCAUGCUUGGUCAUUACUCUCACGGUACGUCUCACUCGUUCCUGGGAGCCGCGGAAGGCACAGAGUUCAUGCGGACAUGGAAACUUCCAACACCGACGAAAGUUGCGGACAAACUCAAAUCUGCGUUGUUGGGAGAGAUGGCAAAUGCAGAAUGGGAGCUCCUAGAAGAAAAAGAAUGGGAUGAGGAGGGUCGAGACCAGGCUACUUUGAAUGCAAAGGAUUCGUCCCUUUUUUCUGGACUAAGGCCUGAAGUUGAAGAUGAGGAGGCGGCUGCCAACACCACAAAGCCUGAAUGCAACUCCGACGUCGUGGAGAGUUCUAAAUUACCGUCGGACCGGCCGAGUCCUGACCGUCCAAAAGGCACCAGCGGCUGGACAAAGCUUAAAAGUAGAUGA